GUGGGGCUGAGUUUCAGAGGUGGUUAGUGUGUGAGUUCCCGUGCGAGCUCUACGAGCUGGUCACCUCGUGUGGGGCCAGAGGUGCGAGGCGCUCCAGUGCUGGCUCAAGUUGGGGCUUCAUACGAAGGAGUCCAUCGCUCAACAUGGACGGUUCAGGACCAGAAGCUAUUCUUGCCCCAACAGCAAAACGCCAGUCGCCCCGAACCUCCGCGGCAACCGAAUCACUAGCCCUCGAAGAUCGCAAGAAGGACAAUAGCACGCAACAUCGCUACCAAGAAGGUCCAACAUCUGUUCGGCGGUCUCCAUCACCGACCUCGGGAACAAUACCGCCUUUGCGACCUCCUAGCUCACCUAAUCUUUCUGCCUCCUCGAAUUGUUACACUGUCGAUGAAUGCUACAUCGAACCAUGCUUCUUCAAGAUGGAGAAGCUGGUCCAAGAGAUGCAGCACCCAGAACUGGGGGUGCCACUACGCUCACAAAAGCUCUUCCUGACAUCCAUACCAUCGGCGUUCGUAGGCUACGAUGUCGUCGAAUGGAUCAUGGACAACCUCGAUAUCGAGGACCAAUCUGGACCAGUCGCUCAGGAAGCACUCCAUUUGGCUAAUCUGCUCUGCCAAUUUGGCUAUUUUUUUCCUGUUGGCGAAAAUGCCAAGACGUAUACCAUCAAGGACGAUUCCACUUUGUAUAGAUUUCAAUCGCCAAUGUUUUGGCCGUCGAGAAGUGCACCCGACAACACCGAUUACGCGAUAUAUUUGUUAAAACGAAGCAUGAAAAACAAACAAAAAAGUUCAUUAGAAGAGUACGAACAAGAGGCCUUGCAACGAUUGAAAAAACUCCUGUCAACUAAAUGGGAAAGCAUUUGUCAACAAGUUGAGGACAUUGUCGCGCAAUCAAAGGACAAAAAGAAACCUGACAAAGUCAUAACGUCGUCACAAGAGCGAGCGUAUUGGCGAAUUCAUCGUCCCCCUCCUGGCGUCGUCAGCUGCCUGGAACGAUGUCCCGUACCAAAUAAACGGGGACCGCGCAAAAUGACAAUUGAGCAAUUGAAACGACAGACCGAGAUCCUGCGUCGAAACCUUCUCAAGUCACGGACGAAAAGCACCAUAUGGCAGCGCUGUGAUGAUUACCGGGAAUUCGAUGCCUUUAUGUCUCCUACACUUCCUUCUAAUCCCUGGAUAACCGACGACGCAACUUUCUGGGCGAUUGAGAGCACACAUUGUGAUACUCCGACGGAGCGACGUCUAAAGCGGUGGACCCUCUCUAUAGAGGAGCUACUUUCGGAUCCUCGAGGCUUCCGAGAAUUCGAGAUUUACCUUCGUAAAGAGUACUCCCAUGAGAAUAUCUUAUUCUGGAAGGCCGUCCAGGAUCUCAAGAAGGGCUCGCCGUCCAACAUUGCUCAGAAAGUACAGGCCAUUUUCGACGAGUACCUGGCAUCGGGGGCAGCAUGUGAGGUCAACCUCGACUCCGCCACGAUGGAGCACACCAUGGAGGCAAUCAAACGACCCACACGUUACACGUUUGAGAAUGCCCAACAGCACGCGUUUACUCUCAUGCAGACUGACACUUAUCCACGAUUUCUGCGCAGUGAACACUUUAACAGUUUGCUCCAAAAGGCCGCACUCAUACAGAUUCAGGGCCAUCGGAAGCGUUUCUUCCAUUUCGGAGCAUCGACGCGGAAGAAAUCUGCAAACCAGGACCAGCGACCGUCCACUCCACAGCAGGCUGGUACCAGCGGCAUUUCAGCGCAAUCUACGACCCUGCAACCGAACGAAGUACGUGCGACCUCCGCGAGUCUCUGAAGCGACGCGGAAGCCGGGGCAAAACCGGCGGCGGCAGCAGCGUCAGUGGCAAGGCAGCAGUCGAUACGGCAUCCGAUGACGACUCGACAGCGUGCUGCAGUA